AUGGACGAGAUUGCUGACAUUAUUCGAGAGCUUGGUCGACAACAAGGCGAGAACACAUUUUAUCGUAUCUGCUAUGGUCUUUUAAAGCGAUUGCAAGAUACACUCAGCCAGGCGUCGGAUGAUCUUCUCUUCCAUUGCCAGCAUGACCCAUACAAUACUUCUCGCGAUUUUGACCCCAUUCACCAGAUUGCAGAAGAAUUGAAAACACUAGUGGAAGAUAUCAAAGAUCGAGAGCGAAUGUCUUUGAUGGCUUUGGAAGAAUUUUUUGAUGUCCAGAGAGAAGUGAGUGUUGAGCAAGAACAUCAAGACUUCAAUAAAGGUCUAAGCUGA